AUGUCUAUAAAUAUAAUCAAAUCUCAUAAAAUUGAAGUACCUAAACAAGGAGUAACGCAAAAAUAUUUAAGAAACAGUUCAACAUCAUAUAAAAUAUUUCGAUGUAUAAUUGGAUUGUAUUUUAUAUAGCAAAGAGUUUAGAUGGGUUGACGAGACUUUUAUAAUAAACAUGCUAUCAAAAAUCAGAGUAAUGUAUUGAUACAUAAUCAAUUGUUUCGACAGGACGGUAACUUAAUACAUAAAGGACAUUGAUGGAAUUUGGAUUUAUAAAUGGAAGAAGUUCUCCUAUUAAAAAGAAUAAAUAACAUUAGAAGAGUAGAUAAAAAAAUUAUAAAUUACCUGAGUUAUAAUAUAAAAUAAGGAGAUUAAGUUGUGGAUGUGGAGAAUGUGGAAUGGUUGGACGAAAAAUUAGGAAAUUCCAUGACAUUCUUAUUUUAAAAGUUAAAGAAGUUGAAGAAUAAGUAAUAGUAAGAAAUGGAAAGAAAUAAUUAAGAGGAAUUUUUAGUCAAGUAGCUAAAAGUACAAGAGCAUGUAUAAAUUUAAAAACUUUGCAAUCAGAAAGGGAUAGAGAAGAGAAAAUAGAGUUUAGUCCUGAGGCAAAAUCAAAUGUUUUGGAUUUUUAAUAUAAAUAAAUGUCUCGAAAGAUUAUAUAAUAAAACUAAAUGAAUCAACUACCAUUAAUAAAAUAGCCUUAAAUGAAAGAUUAUAUGAGGAAAAUAAAUAACUUAAAUAAUCUAAUUGAAUAGACAUAGCUGAUAUCUAAUUAAUCUUCUAAUUUAAUCAGGAAUUCAGCACCAAAUUUAGAUGCAUUCGAAAAGAGACAAAAAGAGAGUCCAAUGUCAAAGAGAGAAUAAUCAAUUCAUAGUUCUAGACAUAAAUAAAAUGUUUAUUUAAUAAAAACACCUCUGAAUGGAUUAAACUUAUAAAAGUUCAGAGAGUUUAAAAUAAAAUAAUGAAAUAUAUUUAAUUUUGGAAUUAAAGCAACGAUAUUGAAUAGUAAUCUGAUCCAUAAGAGUAAUCUGGGUUUGUCUCUAAAUUUUCUUAAUCUUUUAGAUUUCUUAAACCAUGUAAGAUUAAAAUGAUAUAAUAAAGAAACUGUUUUGACUAAAGUAUAGGAUGUAUAAUAAGCAGCUAUGAAUUGGAAGAAUUUUGUAAUAUUUUUCAGUAUAGGAAUAUGUUUUAUGUUUGUGGCAUUCACAUUUUUACCAUUAAUAAUGGUGUUUCCAGCUAAAUUUGGAGGUUUAUUUAGUUUAGGGUAUGACGUGUAUUUAAAUAUUAAAUAGAUCAUUGAGUUUAUGGAUUUCCUUAUUUAUUAUAAAAGGGGGAUAGAACUUUUUAAAGAUGUUUUGUAACAAGGAGAAAUUCAUAUAUACAACAAUAUAUGUGAUUAUGUUAUGUGCAACAGUAUAUUUUAGUCUUAUACACAAAAAUUAUAUUCUUGUACUAAUAUUUUCAAUAGCUUAAGUAUAUUAAUAAUAUAUAAUUUUAGAUGAUUUCUUUAGGAUGGUUAUUUGCUUCUUCAUUUCCAGCCGGAAUCACUGGAAUGAAGUUUAUUACGAAAUAAAUACUUGCAUUAAGUAAAUAGAUAAUGUCUUUUUGUUUCAAGUCUUCACAAUCAAAUUCAUUUCUACCUAUUUGA